AUGUACAAAUUUAUUUCACGCCAAAGUCAAUUCUAUAAUUUAACUUACCAAAAUUCCACCAAUGCCUUUAAAUAUGCAAUUGCUCGUCGGCUUUUUGCCUCUACUUCAAAUGAAUCCGAGUAUGAUACAGUUGUUAUUGGUGGAGGUCCAGGAGGAUAUGUUGCUGCUAUAAAAGCUGCUCAGUUAGGUUUAAAGACCGCAUGUAUUGAAAAGCGUGGCACCUUGGGUGGAACAUGUUUAAACGUUGGUUGUAUUCCUUCUAAAGCCUUAUUAAAUAACUCUCAUAUUUUUCACCAAACCAAGCAUGAACUAAAUUCAAGAGGAAUUGAUGCCAAAGAUAAAGCCGUUACUAGUCUUACGAAAGGUAUUGAAGGAUUAUUCAAAAAGAAUGGGGUGACUUAUAUUAAAGGUCAUGGAAAAUUUGUCGGGACAAAUCAAAUUGAGGUUGAUGGAUUAGAUGGGAAUAAGUCUAUAGUUCAAGCAAAGAACAUUAUUAUCGCUACCGGGUCAGAACCAACUCCAUUCAAUGGCCUAGAGGUUGACGAAAAACAAAUUGUCACUUCCACCGGUGCUCUAUCUUUAGAAAAGGUACCAGAAAAACUGGUUGUCAUCGGAGGUGGAAUUAUUGGUCUCGAAUUAGGUUCAGUAUGGAGUCGCUUAGGCGCUGAAGUAACUGUAGUAGAAUAUCUGGGUUCUAUAGGUGCUGGCAUGGAUGGCGAAACGGCUAAUCAAUUUUCGAGAUUACUUCAAAAACAAGGACUUAAAUUUAAACUAAACACAAAAGUUAUUGAUGGGUCGAAAAAGGAUGGAAAAGUGUUUAUAAAUAUUGAACCUGCAAAAGGAGGUGACAAGGAAACCUUAGAAGCUGAUGUGGUUUUGGUUUCAAUUGGCCGUCGUCCUUAUACGGAAAACCUUGGGUUAGAGAAUGUGGGUAUCGAUGUAGAUGAACGAGGAAGAAUCAAAAUUGAUUCUCAAUUUCGUACAAAUAAACCCAACAUUCGUUGUAUCGGGGAUGUAACGUAUGGCGCUAUGCUGGCUCAUAAAGCUGAGGAAGAAGGUAUUGCCGCUGCCGAAUAUCUUUUUGGUGGUCACGGUCACGUAAAUUAUGAUGUGAUACCAUCGGUUAUUUAUACUCAUCCUGAAGUUGCAUGGUGUGGUAAGACGGAAGAAGAGGUCAAGGAAACCAAAAAACCAUAUCGUGUUGGUACUUUUCCAUUUGCAGCAAAUUCUCGUGCUCGAACCAAUAGUGAUUCAGAGGGUUUUGUCAAAAUGAUUUCUGACGCGGAAACCGAUGCAAUUUUGGGAAUUCAUAUCAUUGGACCUAAUGCAGGUGAAAUGAUUGGUGAAGCUGUAUUAGCAAUGGAAUAUGGAGCUAGUAGUGAAGAUGUUGCAAGAACUUGUCAUGCUCAUCCAACAUUAUCUGAAGCACUCAAAGAAGCUGGUUAG